AUGUCGUCCUGCCUAUGCUUCCGUCACGUCUUCUCCUCGAAGAAUAAAUCUGCAGUGACGCCCGUGGUCGAGGAACGAAAAGAAGAGAAGCCCACGCCGCCCAGGAUGACGACACAAACGAAGACGCAGAAGAACCCCUCCUUCAUUCUCAAAGCGCCAAAUGAGAUUAUCUACGAGGACCGUCCCGUCCCUGAGCUUCCCUCACCGUACGACGUCAUUGUCAAACCACGAUGGACGGGCAUCUGCGGCUCAGACGUACACUACUGGGUUGAAGGACGCAUCGGACAUUUCGUCGUUGAGAAGCCAAUGGUUCUGGGUCACGAAUCGGCAGGUAUCGUGCAUUCGGUCGGCGACAAGGUAGCCACUCUGAAAGUCGGUGAUCGCGUCGCAAUGGAACCAGGCGUACCCUGCCGUCGCUGCGUCCGCUGCAAGGAGGGCAAGUACAACCUUUGCCCGGAUAUGCGUUUCGCAGCUACCCCGCCCUUCGACGGCACACUUGCAAGAUACUAUGCUCUGCCUGAGGACUACUGUUACAAGCUUCCCGAGAGCAUGAGCCUGGAAGAGGGCGCGCUCAUUGAGCCGACUGCUGUCGCGGUGCACAUUACACGUCAAGCGGGUGUCAAGCCCGGUGACUCGGUGGUCGUCUUCGGCGCUGGCCCCGUAGGUCUGCUCUGCUGCGCGGUUGCGAAGGCAUACGGCGCAACCAAGAUCGUCACAGUCGACAUUAACGACGAGAGACUACAAUUUGCGCUAAAGUUUGCGGCGACAACGAGCUUCAAGAGCGCGAGAGUCAGCGCAGAGGAGAAUGCACAGAACAUGAUCAAGGAGUGUGAGCUAGGUCCUGGCGCGGACAUCAUCAUCGAUGCGAGCGGUGCCGAGCCGUGCAUACAAACGGCCAUCCAUGCCCUGCGCAUGGGCGGAACAUACGUCCAGGGCGGCAUGGGCAAACCUGACAUCAACUUUCCCAUCAUGGCCAUGUGCACCAAGGAACUCAACGUCAAGGGCUCGUUCCGCUACGGCUCGGGCGACUACCAGACUGCCGUUGACCUCGUUGCUACGAAGCGUAUCUCAAUCAAGGAGCUUAUCACGAACAAGGUCAAGUUUGAUGAUGCGGAGGAGGCGUUUAGGGACGUAAAGGCUGGGAAGGGCAUUAAGAUUUUGAUCGAGGGACCCGAGGAGUAA